CGUCACGGGGAGGCGACCGUCGUCGCUCCGCCGUGUCGUCAAUCGGUCGAGCUUCUCUGCCGGCGUGGUGUUCUCUUCCCUUCGCCUUGCUCGCUUCGGGCCGACCGGAGCCAUGGUGAAGGAGCAGUUCCGUGAGACGGACGUGGCCAAGAAGAUAAGCCACAUCUGCUUUGGGAUGAAAUCUCCUGAAGAAAUGCGGCAACAGGCUCACCUCCAGGUGGUUAGUAAAAAUUUAUACAGCCAAGACAACCACUCUCCUCUUCAAUAUGGCGUAUUGGACCAUCGCAUGGGUACAAGUGAAAAGGAUCGUCCCUGCAAAACCUGUGGAAAAAAUCUGGCAGAAUGUUUGGGGCAUUAUGGCUACAUUGACCUGGAGUUACCUUGUUUUCACGUUGGAUACUUCAAAGCUGUGAUAGGCAUUCUCCAGAUGAUUUGCAAGACUUGUUGCCGUAUCUUACUAACUACUGAAGAACAGAAACAAUUUUUGGAUUAUCUGAAGAGACCUGGGUUGACCUAUCUCCAGAAAAGAGGCUUGAAGAAAAAGAUCUCUGAAAAAUGCAGGAAGAAGAACACUUGCCCCCAUUGUGGUGCUUUCAAUGGUACUGUAAAGAAAUGUGGCUUGCUGAAGAUCAUUCAUGAGAAGUAUAAGACCACCAAAAAGAUUGUCGACCCCCUGGUGUCUGAUUUCAUCCAGUCCUUCGACACUGCAAUAGAACAUAAUAAAGAGAUUGAAUCUUUACUGGGAAAAGCCCAGGAGAACCUGAACCCCCUAAUGGUAUUGAACAUCUUGAAGAGAAUUCCUGCAGAAGACAUACCUCUCCUUCUGAUGAACCCUGAAUCGGGGAAACCUUCUGACCUGAUCCUGACCCGCCUUUUGGUUCCACCCCUCUGCAUUCGGCCUUCUGUGAUCAGCGACUUGAAAUCUGGCACCAACGAGGAUGAUCUGACAAUGAAGCUGACGGAAAUCAUUUUCCUUAAUGAUGUGAUCAAAAAGCAUAGAAUAUCCGGAGCCAAAACUCAGAUGAUAAUGGAAGAUUGGGACUUCCUGCAGCUACAAUGUGCCCUGUAUAUUAACAGUGAACUUUCUGGCAUUCCCCUCAACAUGGCGCCCAAGAAAUGGACCAGGGGCUUUGUCCAAAGGCUCAAAGGAAAACAAGGUCGGUUUAGGGGAAACUUGUCUGGAAAGCGAGUUGAUUUCUCAGGCAGAACAGUGAUCUCUCCCGACCCUAACCUGAGAAUUGAUGAAGUGGCUGUACCUGUCCAUGUGGCAAAGAUUCUCACCUUUCCUGAGAAGGUAAACAAAGCCAACAUCGCCUUCAUGAGGAAACUGGUACGAAAUGGUCCCGAAGUCCAUCCUGGCGCCAACUUCAUCCAGCAGAGGCAUACACAAAUGAAACGGUUUUUGAAAUACGGAAAUCGGGAGAGGAUGGCACAGGAACUGAAGUAUGGAGACAUUGUAGAGAGGCACCUGAUCGAUGGAGACAUAGUCUUGUUUAACCGCCAGCCCUCUUUGCACAAGCUCAGCAUCAUGGCUCAUAUAGCUAAAGUAAAACCACACCGGACUUUCCGGUUCAAUGAAUGCGUUUGCACACCAUACAACGCAGAUUUUGAUGGCGAUGAAAUGAAUCUUCAUCUUCCUCAAACAGAAGAAGCCAAAGCCGAAGCAUUGGUCCUGAUGGGGACAAAAGCCAACUUGGUAACCCCAAGGAAUGGAGAACCCCUUAUUGCUGCAAUUCAGGAUUUUCUGACAGGUGCUUAUCUCCUCACACUAAAGGACACUUUCUUUGACCGAGCGAAAGCAUGUCAGUUGAUCGCCUCUAUUCUGGUGGGAAAGGAUGAAAAAGUGAAAGUUCGCCUCCCACCUCCGGCAAUUCUUAAGCCAGUCACCCUGUGGACAGGAAAGCAGGUCUUUAGUAUCAUUCUGAAGCCUGGGGACAGUUGUCCAGUUAAGGCCAAUCUCAGAACCAAAGGCAAACAAUACUGUGGCAAAGGAGAAGAUUUGUGCAGUAACGACUCUUAUGUUGCAAUCCACAACAGCGAGUUGAUGUCUGGUAGCAUGGACAAGGGAACGUUGGGAUCCGGAUCGAAGAAUAACAUAUUCUACAUUUUACUGAGAGAUUGGGGCCAAGUUGAGGCAGCUGAUGCUAUGUCAAGGUUGGCCCGACUGGCUCCUGUCUACCUCUCUAAUCGUGGGUUUUCCAUUGGAAUUGGCGAUGUCACCCCCGGUCAAGGCUUGCUGAAGGCAAAAUACGAACUCUUGAAUGCCGGCUACAAGAAAUGCGAUGAAUAUAUUGAAGCCUUGAAGACUGGAAAGCUACAGCAGCAGCCCGGCUGCACAGCGGAGGAGACACUAGAGGCCCUGAUUCUGAAGGAGCUGUCUGUUAUCCGAGACCACGCUGGCAGUGCCUGCCUUAGAGAACUAGACAAAAGUAACAGCCCCCUCACCAUGGCCGUUUGUGGUUCAAAAGGAUCCUUUAUUAAUAUAUCCCAGAUGAUUGCUUGCGUAGGUCAACAAGCCAUCAGUGGGUCCCGCGUACCUGAUGGCUUUGAAAAUCGAUCCUUGCCUCAUUUUGAGAAGCAUUCCAAGCUCCCAGCUGCUAAAGGUUUUGUAGCCAACAGCUUCUAUUCUGGGUUGACGCCCACUGAAUUUUUCUUCCACACCAUGGCUGGUCGGGAAGGUCUUGUUGAUACAGCUGUAAAAACAGCUGAAACAGGAUACAUGCAGAGACGAUUGGUGAAAUCCCUUGAAGAUCUUUGUUCUCAGUAUGACUUGACCGUCAGGAGUUCUACGGGAGACAUUAUACAGUUCAUUUAUGGUGGGGAUGGUUUAGAUCCAGCUGCCAUGGAAGGAAAAGAUGAACCUUUGGAAUUCAAGCGCGUUCUGGACAACGUCAGAGCCGUCUAUCCCAGCCGAAGCGAGCCUGCGCUUAGUAAAAAUGAACUGGUGCUAACCGCCGAAUCCAUCAUGAAGAAAAAUGAAUUCCUUUGUUGCCAGGACAGCUUCCUGCAGGAAAUAAAAAAAUUCAUCAAAAGCAUGUCUGAAAAGAUCAAGAAAACAAGGGACAAGUACGGCAUCAACGACAAUGGCACAACUGAGCCCUAUGUUUUAUACCAAUUGGACCGAAUCACUCCAACCCAGCUGGAAAAGUUUCUGGAGAUCUGCAGAGAGAAGUAUAUGAGAGCACAGAUGGAGCCUGGCUCUGCAGUGGGAGCCCUCUGUGCGCAAAGCAUCGGCGAGCCCGGCACACAGAUGACUCUGAAGACUUUCCAUUUUGCUGGUGUGGCCUCCAUGAACAUCACAUUAGGAGUGCCAAGGAUCAAAGAGAUCAUCAAUGCCUCCAAAGCCAUCAGCACACCAAUUAUCACUGCCCAUCUCGACAUAGAUGAUGAUCCUGAUUUUGCUCGUUUAGUCAAAGGAAGAAUAGAAAAGACACUUCUGGGAGAGAUUUCGGAAUACAUUGAAGAAGUCUUCCUUCCCGACGAUUGUUUUAUUCUUGUCAAGCUUUCUUUGGAGCGGAUUAGGCUGCUGAGACUGGAAGUUAAUGCGGAGACUGUGAGAUAUUCCAUUUGCGUCUCAAAGCUCAGAGUGAAGCCCGGGGAUGUCGUUGUCCAUGGGGAAGCAGUAGUCUGCGUUACUCCCCGAGAGAAUAGCAAGAGCUCAAUGUAUUAUGUCUUGCAGUCCCUGAAAGAAGAUCUGCCAAAGGUCGUGGUACAAGGUAUCCCGGAAGUAUCUCGUGCCGUCAUUCAUAUUGACGAACAGAGUGGGAAGGAAAAGUACAAAUUGUUGGUGGAAGGGGACAACUUGAGAGCUGUCAUGGCCACUCAUGGGGUCAAAGGAACCAGAACAACAUCAAACAACACUUAUGAGGUUGAGAAAACCUUGGGCAUUGAGGCUGCACGAACCACUAUUAUCAGUGAAAUCCAAUAUACUAUGGUAAACCACGGAAUGAGUAUUGAUCGGAGGCAUGUCAUGCUGUUGUCGGACCUAAUGACCUACAAGGGUGAAGUUCUGGGAAUUACUAGAUUUGGGCUGGCCAAAAUGAAAGAGAGCGUCUUGAUGCUUGCUUCCUUCGAAAAGACAGCCGACCAUCUCUUCGACGCUGCAUACUUUGGACAGAAGGAUUCAGUGUGUGGUGUUUCUGAAUGCAUCAUUAUGGGCAUCCCAAUGAACAUCGGAACGGGACUGUUCAAGCUGCUGCAUAAAGCUAAUAAGGAAGCUGUUCCACCAAUGCGGCCUUUAAUUUUUGAUAACCCUGAUUUCCACAUCGCCCUUCCAUCAUAGUAGCAGCACCAACGAAUAAGUGUAUGGGGUGUGUGUGUGUGUGUGUGUGUGUGUGUGUGUGUUAAUGGUAACGUACCGUAUUUUUCAGACUAUAACA